AUGAAACAGUUAACAACGUUGAUUGGAGUUGCCUUACUUUCUGUGUACUUAAGCACACAAGACGUUGAUGGUCAAGACACCAACAAGGAUGGAUUGGAUAUUCCACGUGAUUUCACCUUGACCAAUCAUUUUCAACGUGUCCGAAGCCUUACAAACUCAUCCACUAAUUGUACAGCAGAGAGUGUGUGUCGUUGUUAUGUUUCCAGUAACAAUACUUAUGUGGCUGACUGUUCACAUCUUGAUAUCGAAUUCGUUCCACGAUUUCAUCACAGCGUGUCAGUAAUAUUCCUACAGGGAAACAAAAUUAGAAACUUUUCUGGAGAAGGAUUCCCUAAAUCCGUUACUUAUUUGGACCUAUCAGGAAACAAGUUAUAUAUGUUCAGGUCAUUUCCAUUUAAGGAUUUGAAAAACUUAGAAUACUUAGAUCUAAGCAAUAAUUUCCUACAAUAUACUAAAUCCGUUUUUUCCGAUACCAUUUUUCAGGGACUGACAAAUUUGACAUAUUUGAAUAUAAAACAAAAUAACAUGAAAUAUACACCAACCAACCUAAGAUUUCCAAUCAGCAUUGCUAAAUUGAGAAACUUGGAAACGUUGCUCUUGGAUGGAGUAGAUUUGUUAGGUUUCGAUGAAAGCUUUAAAUUAUUGACCAAGUUGAAAAUAUUGGAUUUAUCUGGAGAAGCAGGGAUCUGCAACAUCAGAAAAUUUAGAUCCGAUUUCUUUAAAAAUGUUCCUUAUGUCGAGAAUUUGGAUAUUUCCAGAUGCAAUAUUCGUGCAAUUGAACCAGGAACAUUUCGUGGAUUGAAACCACUUCACACUCUCAAUGUCUCGUCUAACGAAUGCUUGACAUUCCGAGUACUUGCGAACAUCACAAAUGAUAUGCAAUACACAUCUAUUCGCGUCCUAGACAUAAGUCGCUUGCAUUGCACCUUUGGUCCUAGUACAGUAAUUCAUAGGGGUGAUGUGGAAAACCUCCAUAACACAAACCUGACACAUCUGUACACGGAAAGCAAUAGGAUAGCUAUUUUGGAAACCGGAGUGGCAAGGAAACUUCCGAAAAGUCUUAAAUUCCUCUCCAUAUCCGAUAAUAAGUUAUCAUUUGGGCUUUACUAUAUGGAAUUUAUGUCCGAAUUAACAAAUAUAGAGAUAAUUCACGCCGGUCAUCAAGGCACUGCUCAUAAUCUAGAAACUGGAAGUAGUGAUUGUAACGAUUGGCGUGCCCCGCCACCAUCUCAUGACGACGUAACAUUCGCUUUAUCUACUGAAUUACUCAGCUGUAACAAAAACCCUUUACGAAUGCUAAACCACGACAACAAAAUUUUAACAAAAUUCUCUUUUCCAGCAUCGUUGAGAGAAUUAUACUACAGGAGCAAUUCAAUGAAUUUUGAAAUAGGUUCAAUGUAUUUUGAAGAAAAUAAUUUAGAGAUUUUAGAUCUAAGUAAUAAUCUAUUUCAUUCGUGGAGAGGACCAUUGAACAAUUUAAAGCAUAUCAAAUAUUUAUAUAUGUCUCAUAAUUAUUGUAGUUAUAUGUCGGAUUAUAUUUUUCCAGUCGAUAACAAUGUCAAGACUUUAUUCAUUCAAAACAAUUUAUUAGGAGUUGUGCUAAGUACAGAUCAUGAUGGAAGAAUAUUCAAGAAUUUUACAAAUUUAGAAAUUCUAGAUUUAUCUACAAAUCAUAUCUAUUCUUUACCAAGUCGUCUGUUACAGCAUCAAUACACACUCCAGAUAUUAAACCUUAGUAAUAAUGCGUUAAGUGAGUUCAGUUUAGAUUUGUCAGAAAUGAGAUAUCUGAAGUAUAUUGACUUGAGACACAACCAACUACGAACAAUCAAAGAGAGACAGCGUGACCAGAUAGGAAGCUUAAAGGUCAACAAUGUGACGGUUAAUUUGGUAGGAAACACAAUGGACUGUUCCUGUAUGGAAUUAGAGUUCCUGAAAUGGAUAGGCGAAAACAAAGCCCUUUUUGUAAAUUUCCAUGGAUACGAUUGUGUAUUUACUAAUGGAACACAGGCGUCAUUUACUGACUUUGACGGAAUCCUGAUUGAACUGAGUAAGUCAUGUGACAGUUAUAUCGCUAUCAUAGCAGUGUUUGCUUCCAUGGUUUUGUUGUGUUUAUCACUGACUAUUUCUGGUAUUAUAUAUCGGUAUAGAUGGAAACUCCGUUACCUGUUUUACAUGGCAAAGACACGAUAUAAAGGCUAUUCAACAGUCGCCCAUGCAGAAGACGACGACGAUUACGUAUUUGACGCGUUUGUAUCAUAUUGUUCGGACGAUUUCUGUUUUGUAAGAGGAGAGGUGGUACCCAACCUGGAAGAAAAACAAGGCUUGCACCUUUGUCUUCAUCAACGUGAUUUUAUACCCGGGCAGGAAAUAGCCCAGAACAUUACCAACGCUAUUCACCAAAGUCGGAAAACCGUGGUCUUACUGUCUCGAGCAUAUCUUAAGUCAUACUGGUGCAUGUACGAAUUCAACAUGGCGCGAAUGGAGAGUAUUUAUUCUAGGGGAGGUAACUCUGUUCUGUUGUUGGUCUUCUAUGAAGAUAUUCCAGCCAAAGAAUUGCCGUUCAUGUUGCUGGAUUUGAUCGAAAGUGACAGUUACAUCGAAUACCCCAAAGACGACGACCAUGGCAAGGUUGUUUUUUGGGAUAAACUGACAACAGCCAUUUCUCCACAUUUAACGACUACGUUAUGA